GGAAGCCGCCUGAUCGUGAGAGCAGCGGGUCCGGGAGCGCUUUAUCUCCGGUGCCAGCGGUUCGCCCGGCGCGGAUUUGGCCCAGCCCUCCCCUCCCUUCAGCGCCGGGCGGUCGUGAGGCCCUGGUGUCGUCUUGAGGGUGACCCUUCUGUCGUGGCUGCCCGCAGGUUGUGGCGUGGGCUGCGGAAGUGCUGAGAGCCGGUCCUGCCGUGGGAGCGAUGGCGGCAGGGAAGCACCCUGCCGUGCUGGGCUCCGGGAGUCCGCGCAAGCCGUGGCGACUGCCCGCCGACGGACACCCCGCGCCGGGCUGCUACCUGAGGUAAAUUUUUCCAUAACCUUAUGGAGAAAAAGGACUUUGAAGCAUGGCUUGAUAACAUUUCUGUUGCAUUUCUUUCUCUGACGGACUUGCAGAAAAAUGAAACUCUGGAUCACCUGAUUAGCUUGAGUGGAGCAGUCCAGCUCAGGCACCUCUCCAAUAAUCUAGAGAUUCUCCUCAAGAGGGACUUCCUCAAACUUCUUCCAUUGGAACUUAGUUUUUAUCUGUUAAAAUGGCUCGAUCCACAGACCUUACUCACAUGUUGCCUCGUCUCUAAGCAGUGGAACAAGGUUAUAAGUGCCUGUACAGAGGUGUGGCAGACUGCAUGUAAGAAUUUGGGUUGGCAGAUAGAUGACUCUGUUCAGGAUCCUCUACAUUGGAAGAAGGUUUACCUAAAAGCUAUUUUAAGGAUGAAGCAACUGAAGGACCACGAAGCCUUUGAGACAUCCUCUUUAAUUGGACACAGUGCCAGAGUAUAUGCACUUUACUAUAAAGAUGGACUUCUGUGUACAGGAUCAGACGACUUGUCUGCAAAACUAUGGGAUGUAAGCACAGGUCAGUGCAUAUAUGGUAUCCAGACACACACUUGUGCUGCAGUGAAGUUUGAUGAACAAAAGCUUGUAACAGGAUCUUUUGAUAACACAGUAGCCUGUUGGGAAUGGAGCUCUGGGGCAAAGACACAGCAUUUUAGAGGACAUUCUGGUGCAGUUUUUAGUGUGGAUUACAAUGAUGAACUUGAUAUUCUGGUCAGUGGUUCUGCAGACUUCACUGUGAAAGUAUGGGCCUUAUCCACAGGAACGUGCCUGAAUACCCUUACUGGACACACAGAAUGGGUCACUAAGGUCGUUUUGCAGAAGUGCAAAGUCAAAUCUCUUAUGCAUAGUCCUGGGGAUUAUAUUCUCCUAAGUGCAGAUAAGUAUGAAAUCAAGAUUUGGCCUAUUGGAAGGGAAAUAAACUGCAAGUGCUUAAGAACACUGUCUGUCUCUGAAGACCGCAGCAUCUCCCUACAGCCCAGACUGCACUUUGAUGGUAAAUACAUAGUGUGCAGUUCAGCACUAGGAUUAUACCAGUGGGACUUUGCCAGCUAUGAUAUUCUCAGGGUUAUCAAACUUCCAGACUUCUCAAACGUGUCCCUGCUGGGCUUUGGAGAGAUAUUUGCUUUAUUGUUUGACACCAGAUACCUGUAUAUAAUGGACUUGAGGACAGAAAAACUGAUAAGCCGCUGGCCUUUACCAGAAUAUAGAAAGUCAAAGAGAGGUUCAAGCUUUUUGGGUGGUGAAAUGUCUUGGUUAAAUGGACUAAAUGGCCAAAAUGAUACGGGCUUGGUUUUUGCCACCAGUAUGCCAGACCAUAGUAUCCAUUUGGUGUUAUGGAAAGAACAUGGCUGAAAAGCUCACACAUACCGAAUCUUCAGGAAUAUAUGGCCUAUCAGCAGUGUGUCCAUAAAAAGAGACUUUGCAUGAACCAAAGUUGCACACCCAAUGGUCUCAUCAUGCAAUGCACAAUCAUUUACUUUUAUUUGGGCAUUUGGGAAUGGGUUGUUUUGGACAUUAUGCAAUGCAGCGUGCUAACAGUGUUCACCACAAAUUUUUGUCUAUAUUCAUGUUUAAAUAUACCUGUUUGGGCUUUGAAGUAUAGCUUGUAAUGUUUAAACCAUUCAAAUCUGAAAUCAAGUUGUCCUUGACCUGACUUCUGACCUUUUUUUAAUGGUUGAAACAAAAAGUGAAGCUACUAUUUUAGACCCAUAGGCUUUUGUACGUGUAACAAGAAAUACUGGUUACAGUGCAUGGCUGCUUAACAAAAAUGAGAAAACAGCAAACCCCUUCUAUCUCCAGAAUCUUUCUCUUCUACAUGUUUUUCCAUAUGAUAGCUUUAAAUGCUUAGCCUUUGAAACAGAAGAAUCAAACUAGUCCUUUAACUAGGAUCGGAUGCUGUAAGUUCAGGAACAUGUCAGUAUGAUCGCAGCAAGAAUGAUGCAGUUUUUUAAUCAAUCUGAUAGAGCUUGCAAUCCUGAUCAACCCUGGAGAACCCCUGACAUAUUUAUCAUCCUUGCUGAUAGUUACUCAGAAUGGCUUGAUCAGUAUUUUAUAGUCUUUAUUUCCUAGAGUUUGUGUUAAAACGUAAUUUAGUUCACAUGAAGGGGAAGGUGAUUUUCAGUCUCUACAGCAAGUCACUGUCUUACAUUAAAUGAUGUCUACCAGCCAUUCACUUUCUCCAAAAGUUGCAAUUAAUACAGUAUGUUUAAAGUAGUUGCUAUAUCUCGAAUUGGAAAGCAGGGUAAAUGACAGAAUGCCACUGGGGGAAAAAAAGAGUUGGAAGAACAGUACAGGAGUAGAAAAAAGUCUUAUUGAUCAUCAUAGGAGAUCCGAUGUACACAAGUUAACUGUUGAGUAGCAAAUACUUGUCGACGUACUUUUGUGCUAUUUGACAUGUACUUAAAAGCUGUAUCUACAUCAUCACAUGCAUUAGAAAUGCUUUUGGGUUGAUCCUUCCUUCUUCCCUCCCUGUUGCUUUAAUGUCUUUUUUUUACACAACUUGAAAGCAUGAGUUUUCGUGAAGACUGGGUCAUACCCUUAAAAAGACAAAGCUGUCUAGCAUUGCUAUUGUGAUUUUUUUCUUCCUAUUCAAGGAGGCCUUACUUUAUACUCAGUGAAGGCCAAGAUUCUCAAAUGUAUGUGGUAUGAAUGACACCAAUGAAGGGGAGUUUUCGUAUGCAAGAAUCAAUAUUUGAGUGAUGCCAUAGGAGUUGCAUAAAGCCUUGAGAAAAAUGUUGUCUGUACGCAAGGAUUUUAUCAACCGGAAGCCAAAUUCACUCUCUCCAUUCAAACAACACUGUAUGGGGCAUAAAUGAUGAGCUCAGAAAAGUGAGGUUUUGUUGGCUCACUCCAAAGCGAAGAAAGCUUCCGUGAAAAAGAAGGUUUUCAAUACCUUGUCUUGAAACCCAGUUCUCAUCAUUCGUAAUAUGGGAGUAACAUAACAGUAUCAUUAUGAUGUGUGCAGUAACUCAGGUUCUUCUGAAGGAGCAACCUGUACAGCACUGCAUUAACUUUGAAAGAUUAAACAGAGAAAUGUCCUUGUUUCCAAAACAGGAAAACUUGGUUAACUACUUUUAUUAGUAACCUUGACCAUGCAGAGCCCACAGAGAGGUGGAGCACAAGACGGCUGGAAAACUGAGCCUUCCAGCAAGAAUGGUGGGGAAAGGGAAGGUGGUGGGCAUGGGAUGGGGAGGCACUGCUACUGUCUCCAGAUAACUAGUAAGCCAUAAUGAAGACAAUGUCUGACUCAUUUCGGCAUCAUGUAGCAAGGCAAUGGUCAAUGGUUCUUGCAACAAGAGAAAUUCUUCACAGUGAGCUUAGUUUAAGACUGAAACAGCUUGCCCAGCCUUCCUAGACAAAGUCCUGAGCACACCAUGCUAUAAGCAGGGACUUGGACUUUUGGAUGCCCCUUCUGAACAAGUCAAAUUCUAAAUGGACCCAAGAUUGUAUGACUAACAGCAGCAGGUAUCUCAGAUACUAAUAUAGCUGCCAGUUUGUUGAUACAGACUGAGAGAUGCUGCAGUCACUGUGAAGCAAAGCAGAAAUUCCCUUUGGGCAUCUGAUAAUUAUACUAAUCCACUAAUGACAGAGCUCUUUGAGGGCACAGGUAUGUGCCACUACCAAGUAGAUAAAGGAAUGAAAGCACAACACUAAUGCAGAAAUUAUAAAAAGCAUACUUGCUUUCACACACACUUCUCUCUGUCAGACACCAAAGUGUCAGGCUAUCGCUGCCUUUAGACGUGCCUUCAGCAGGAAGAUUCUAAUAUAUUGCCACAUCUGCAAUGAAUGUAGGAAUGUAGGUCUGGGGGCUUAUCAAACAGAAAGUGAAUCUGAGAAACUGAAACUGUGAAACAGAAGUGAGCAAAUGAUUUUUGUAGUUGCUUUGGUUUCCAUCUGACCCUUCAGCAAAAGUCACUACUUAACACUAAUUCCAGAUAGAGGUUGGAAGAAAUGCAGCUUCUGUACCCUUAUGCCUACCAAAGAAACAAUAUAAUUCAACUUACCCACCACAUAAAGGACUAAAAUCCACCCUGUGUCUAAAUUUAAUGAAACAUGUUCCUAUGAGGCUUCAAGCUGCCAGGAAAAAAACCCCAACAAACUAUUAAGUUUCAUAAAAGUUGUUUGGCCAUCUAUUUUUUUUCCUCCUCAAAAUAGGUUCUUUUCAGUUUACAAAAGUAUCUUCUUCAUGAAGAUCAAUCUGUACCCCUUGCCUCUAUUAAAGCUUUCCAACACAACUCAGCACUUACCACUUCAGUAAUUCAGAACAGGUACGAUCACUCUUCUCAAACCUGUAUGUCUCCAAAGUCCAGUUAAACAAGACAUUUUUUAUCAGCAAAACUCCAACAGCUGUGUUUAGGGUUACAAACCAUCCCAUCUUUAACAUACACUAUUUCCAAGAACAUAAGAUGUAAUUUUUUUGCAACUGAAAGGAAGAAUGUGCUCAACUGCUUGUCUACCUUUUACUGAAAUGGGUGCAUACAAAUUUGGUACCCAGUGACAUACAAACUGCAAGAAUUAAGCAAUCCUACCUUUAAUACUAAUGACUGCAUUGACUAUUUGUACCUUUUGUACAUAGGUUGAAAACUGUUUUGCAUUAUUUGAAUCAGUUGACAAAUACUGAUUUUUAUUAUUGUUUUAAUUGAAAACAAACUGUACAUUUCUCAGAAGUAAUACUGCAAUCUGCACUGAUCCUUGAUAUCAUUAAAUGAUUCAUGGUUUACCUACAGAUUCCGUAAAUAAUUGCAGCAAAAUGUAAACUCCAUGCAGAAAUCAACUUAACGUGAUCUUUAAAUUAUAUUGUCUGUCUUCACACAAUAAAGUAGCACUCCACUUUCAC